AUGUCUCCUGCUAUUGUUCAAGCCGGUGCUGGCUCUGCCUCCAAGGAUGUCAAGCGGGAAUCGGCAACUGCUCGUCUCCUGGGCUCAGGAACCGCCGGUAUUGCCGAAUUGAUGGUCUUCCAUCCUGUGGAUACCACUGCGAAGCGUCUGAUGAGCAACCAGACACGGAUUACAUCUGCCGAAGGCUUUAACCAGGUUGUCUUCAAGGAGUACGCGAAUGCUCCUCUUGGCCGCAAAUUUACCUCUCUCUUCCCCGGACUUGGCUAUGCCGCUGGUUACAAGGUUCUGCAAAGAAUCUACAAGUACGGUGGUCAGCCCUUCGUUCGCGAUUACUUGGCUCAGCACUACGGAACCGACUUCGAUAAUGCUUUCGGAAAGGGAACUGGCAAGGCCAUCAUGCACGCCACUGCUGGAAGUAUCAUUGGUAUCGGAGAGAUCGUCCUUUUGCCCCUCGAUGUUCUCAAGAUCAAGCGCCAGACGAACCCCGAGGCGUUCCGCGGCCGUGGUCUCUUCAAGAUCAUCUCCGAUGAGGGUAUGGGUCUUUACCGUGGCGCUGGCUGGACUGCGGCCCGUAACGCCCCUGGGUCCUUCGCUCUCUUCGGUGGUUCUGCCUUCGCCAAGGAAUACAUUUAUGAUCUGAAGGAUUACAACAAGGCCAGCUGGAGCCAGAACUUCGUGGCGUCCGUUUGCGGUGCCAGUGCCUCUCUGAUCGUGUCGGCUCCUCUCGAUGUCAUCAAGACCCGUAUCCAGAACCGCAACUUCGAGAAUCCCGAGUCUGGAUUCCGUAUCGUCUCCAACAUGAUGAAGAACGAGGGCCCUAGCAGCUUCUUCAAGGGCCUGACGCCUAAGCUGCUGAUGACCGGCCCCAAGCUCGUGUUCAGCUUCUGGCUGGCUCAGACCCUGAUCCCCGCGUUUGGACAGGUUGUAUAG